GCCAUAUGACAUCAAAACAAUAGAACAUCUGAGUAAAAGGUCAUUGAUUUUUUAAGGAAAAUCAAAUUUCUUUCUGUAUUUUUUUUUCGGAUAUUUAUUUCAAUAAAAAGUUUUUUAUUUUCGUGUAUUGUUAGUGCGGCGUUUGGGAAGUUAAAUUGAACAGUCAUGAGCUUUCUCUUUGGAAGCCGGUCUUCCAAGACCUUUAAACCAAAAAAGAACAUACCGGAAGGAACACAUCAGUAUGAGUUGAUGAAACAUGCAGCUGCCACCUUGGGCUCAGGAAAUCUUAGACUUGCUGUGAUGUUACCUGAAGGGGAAGAUCUUAAUGAGUGGGUUGCAGUCAAUACUGUGGAUUUUUUCAAUCAAAUCAACAUGUUAUAUGGCACCAUCACUGAAUUUUGUACAGAAGAAAGUUGUCCUAUAAUGUCUGCGGGGCCUAAAUAUGAAUAUCACUGGGCAGAUGGACAUACAGUUAAAAAACCAAUCAAAUGUUCUGCUCCCAAGUAUAUUGACUAUCUGAUGACAUGGGUUCAAGAUCAACUAGAUGAUGAGACAUUGUUUCCUUCUAAAAUUGGUGUACUAUUCCCCAAGAACUUUCAAUCAAUAGCAAAAACGAUCUUAAAGCGUCUCUUUCGGGUGUACGCCCAUAUCUACCAUCAACAUUUCAGUGAAGUGGUACAAUUAGGAGAAGAAGCCCACCUGAACACCUCGUUUAAACAUUUCAUCUUUUUCGUGCAAGAAUUCAGCUUGAUCGAGAGGCGAGAACUGGCGCCGUUGCAAGAACUUAUCGAUAAAUUAACGGCAAAAGAGCAACGAUAGAUGUUCUAAAGGAGUUUCACUGUUGCACCUCUCUCGUUUUUUGCAUAUAGUUUAUAACAAAUGAUAAUUUUGAGAAAUAUGUUGUCACUUAUAACGUUAUUUCUCAAAAAGCAAAGUCUUCAAAUAUGUAGACUGUGAGCGAAAAUUUUCAACAAUUGUUAGUGCUACCGCAUAAUCGUGAUUCGCAAGCGUAUAAUUCUUAGGGCACACAUUAUACAGGGUGUAUACGUUUUGGUCUCGUAAUUUAUAAGGAUUGGUUGCUUUUGUGCAAUAAGUAGUUUGAUAAAAAAACCAAAGUUUUCUUAUAUAUGCUAAUUUAAACAGAGAAAAAUUCCGACUUGUUUAGGCAUCACAAAUUGCUUUUUGGAGAUUCUCCCUGUAGGUCCAAUUAUAUUCUUUGCCCUUCCCACUGCUGCAUGCCUACGGACAUUUUUCUGCGCAAUAUUUUCCUGUAAUAUAAGUAAAAAUUAGGUAUUUAGUUACAAGGUGUCCUGGAGAGGUUUUUCUGUAUAGAUAAUCGGGAAUAAAGGACCUUAACUGAGGUAAGUUAAGUGAGGAUAAAACAUGUUGGAAAAAAUCCUGAGACAUCUUUUCUAAUAAUGAUAAUAUGGAUUUUGCAGCAAAUUAGAAUUGUUCCCUGUUAAGUGUCUUAUUUUCAGGAAAAGUAUGGGUCAGUUUUAAUUUGCUGCAGACACUAGUUUGUAUAGACAUACACACACACAUCCACACCUCAAACAAUUAUUGUGAAAUGUAGAUUAUAAUGGCAAAAAUAAUAAUAAUAAUAAUAAUAAUACGUAUUUUUCAUACAUUUUCAUAACUAAAAUCGAAAAUUAUAUUUUUGACAUGACACCAUUGUCUUUGUUGUUUUAGGACUUUUUUUGUGUAUUUAAUUUAAUUUUUAGAAUAAUUUAAGUGUUUGUAAAAUUGUUUGUUAUAUUUAAGUGAUUGGUGGGAGAUUUUUCACUGAAUUCAUGUAAUUUCCAGCAAUACCAACGCAUCUACCUUAUCCUACAAUAUUAAUAAAAGUGAAGAGACAUUUAAGCUUCUAAUAAAAAGACAUCAUCUAUUAUUUCCCUUGAAGCAAACAACCUCUACGUCUUAGGGAAUAUAUUUAAAGCCUGAGCAUCAUCAGGCAUUAAGAUUAAAUUUUACUGUCAAACGUUAAUUUUAGAGUGUUUGUUCUUAAUUAUGAAAUGUUUUGAUAGGACUUGAUGAUGCUGCAACUUACGCUGAAAUUCGUAUAACUUUCGAACUAAUUACCUUAGAGAAAUUAAGUGACGAAUGUUUUGUUAGGGCCUGAAGAUGCUUCAGUUUAGGCCAAAACAGGUGUAACUCUCAAAUUCAUUCCUUGAAACUGAGACGUUGUUAUCUUUUUAUUUGAAUUGCCUUAUUACUGAUUUAUGUUGAAUAAGGGUAGACAUGUCUUGGUUAAAAAUUGUCCCUUGCCAUUAAAAAACUUACCUUAACAUGCUUUAUUUGCAAGAUAUUUUAUAAUAUAAAGUGAAAAAUUAACUGAAAUAAAUGUUUCUCCACCCUUGGCCAACAAUAUCAUAAGUAAUAUUGUUAUUAAGUUCUAAAACUAAGACUACUGAUCUGAUAAUAAUAAUUGUGUAUUAACUUUAAGUAGACAUUGUGUUUUCAUUAAUUUUAAUCUAUUUUAUUUAAUUUAUUAGCUUAGUUUUUCAAGGACUUUUUUGGCGAUUUCACUGUUAUUAUUUCUAAAUAUUUUAUUAAAAUCUUAUUAAAGCUAUACAA